AUGUUCUCGCCGCACGAAGGUGGCCCGGCCACCGCCACGCGGAGCCGCCGUCGCCAGCGUCCUGUCUCGUCCGACAGCCUUGCUCAACAGCCCAAGGCGAAGCGCCAACGUCUCCCGCUCACUGAGCAGACCUUUGUCAACCCCGAUGCCGUGCCCGAGAUGUUUCAGGUCAAGGCUGACAAGGUUGCCAUGCUGAGCGCCCGUCGCGACGGUGUUGAGAACCAUGGCAACAAUAACAACGUGCCGCCCGCGACAACACCUGCAUCCUCGACAUCUGCCGCAGCAGCAGCAGUUUCCACUCCCACAACAUCCGCCUCAGCACCCAAGAAGGAGCUGAGUGUGCGGUCAAAGAAAACCAAGGCCGGCGAGCGGAUCAGCAAAGGCGACGGCAGUGUUGUUUUGGCCAGCAACAAUGCAUACACCGUCAGCAAACUGCCCGCUCUACCAGACAGACUACGGACAGAUCCAGGCGGCCGCCAACACGGUACCAUUUACUCGUCCAGCGGCUAUGCCGUCUCACUCACGCAUACCCACGCCAUCGUUUGGCCGUAUACUGCCAACAGCCCGUCCCCGGAGACCUUCACAUUCACUCUGCCCUACCCGUCCCGACACAUUUCUGAUCCGCUGCCGCUUGGUGCCCUCGUUGCGCCGGCAGCCUCGUCCGAAGAGCCCGGCCUCGUCGUUGUUAUGCCUACCACUGGUAAGGUCAGCUACUGGGAGUCCAUCUCGAGCGCCGCCACUCUCGACUUUUUGCGCCAGCAGCGAAACGGUGUCGAGGACGUCAUCCAAGGCCUCUCUUCGACCGAACACGUGACCGAAAUUCUUAACGCAGAACCCGCCGGCUUCAUCCUCCUCACGAGUACGGGGCGCCUUGCCUACAUGAACGUCCGCGACGGCCACGGCCGGCCAGCCAUCUCUGUGCAGUUCCUGCGCACCGCCGGCGGCGGCCCGUCGUCUGCUGGCUUCUUUGGAAGCAUCCGCCAUGCCCUCAAGAACCCGGCGCACCGCGAAGACGUCGUCGCCGUCCGCGCUGGCCCCCAUCUCCGCGUCGGCGAGCGCUCCAUCGUUGCCGCCACCUCCAAGGGCAAGUUCAGCGGCUGGAAGGUCCAUCGCGGUGGCAGCCACGACGCGAUCCUCGAGACCGACGCCCGCGACGACAUCCUCGGCGCCAUCCGCCAGUUCGAUUUCUCUGCCGACGGCCCCGAGGGCGAUUCUCUCGAGGUUGUUGACUUCACCUACGUGCCCAAGGGCAUCGAGCGCAAAUACACCGACACGGUCCGCCUCAGCAACGCCAUCGAAGACGACAACGACUCAACACACCAACUUCUCGUCCUUGUCUCACUCCCCCACAAGCGCCGGAAACCGUACUACCUCGUCGAGCUCCUGCUCGCUGCCGACAACACCCAGGUCGGCAUGGUGCGCCCCAUCACCUCUCUCGCUGGCCCUGUCAGCCGCCAACAGCAAUCCACCGAGCAGCGCCCGCGCGUCUACCUGCCCAAGCCGGCAGUUGUCGCGUACGUUGUCUUUGACCGCGCCGUCGUGAUCGCGUCGCUGGUGCAUCCCCCGGAGACCCCCGAUUCUCAGCUUCAGGGCGAGGCUAGCUACCUGCCGCCUUCGUUUGAGGAUAUCGUUGACUUGCGCAACGACGGCAUGUCCGAGGUUGUGGGAUCGGGCGUCGAAGAGCCUGCGAGCUUGCUGCCGGAGGCCGCCGAUGCCGGUUCCGGUGCUGUGGGAUCUAGGGUGCACCGCUACAAGUCCAAGAACCCGGCUGCCGUUCUCAUAGUGCGCGGCGUUGGUGUGGUGCGUGUCGCCACCGUCGACGUGGAGCGCUUCAUCGGCGAGAAGCCACCAGAGGUCACCGCCAAGAGCAAGCUCGAGCAGGCCGUUUUCUACGGCAUCAAAGACGACAACCCCUUGGUCUUUGAGGGCAAGCGCGACUCGCCCUUUUCCGACGCCGAGAUUGGCGAGGCCGCCAUGGAGCUCAGCCGUGACAUCCUCGGCUCCAAGACAGCCUUUACGCCCAGCGUCCCUGCCUCACUGGAAGGCAACCUGCGCACGCGCGCCGGCUACCUCGACCGUCUCAUGUCACACCUCAACGCUCUCCAUCUCGACCUGAGCCGGCGCGUGCGCUGGCGGCUGCUCGCGGACGCCGAGAAGAUGUUCACGGCCACGAACAUGUGGCUGCUGCACGAGCAGUUCAUGGCCGACCGUGCCGAUGGCAAGACGUCGGACCGCAAGACGAUCAUCUCGGAGAUUGUCGAGUACAUUCACGAAGACGACAAGAAGAACCCCAACCGCGACGUGGGCGAGGUCGACCGCGUCCGCUACUUCUUUGUCAACGAUGUCUGGCGCAUGGACCUCUUUAUCGCCUGGGCCUACGAGGUGAUCAAGUACGUCUACCGGGACCACCUGCUGGACGACCGCGGCGUGACGCGUCUCUUGUACGAGGGCGUCGAGGUCAACUACCGCGCCCUCAACGGCGCCACCGACUACCGCCAGGACAAGCUGUCGUUUUACGGCCUGGGCAGCGAAGAGCUCGAGUCGGGCAUUCUCGUAGACGGGUACGACGGCCUGCCGGAGCCCUGGACCUCGACGUACUUUAUCACGAACAACGCAAAGCGCCUGGUGGACCUGUGCUGCAACUGGCUCGACCAGUUCUACCCGAACAAGGCCACGUCCGUUGCGGCACCCGACCCAGGUUUGAUCGAGUCGAUUCGCGAGUCGCUUCCUAACCUGACCGACCGCUACCUGCUCGCGCUCUUGGAGCACUACCGCUGGACGCAGACGCGCGACGUGGAGUCGGAGCGCGAGUAUGGCGAGCGCUGUUCCAAGGCCUAUGCCGAGGACCGGUAUGCCAAGGUAUACCGACUCAAGAACUACGGCCUGUGGGACGACGCGAUCGAGGUGGCUAAGAAGCACCGGUCGAUCGACGCCCUGGCCGGCAUUAUGGUCGAGGAGGUGCGCAGACUGCGCAACGACGCGGUCACAGUGGACGCCGGCACGCUGCGGGCCAACGAGAAGCGCGCCGAGGCACUCUCCAAAGAGCAGCGGAUCGCCGAGUACUUUGACAAGUACGGCGAGCCGUUUGCGUUUGCCGUGUACGAAAUCCUGCUGCGCGACGACGGCAUCAAGGCUGUCCUCGACUUUCCCGGCGACAAGAAGGCCUACGCGACCCGGUUCCUACGAGCCAAGCCCGAGCUUGCCAAGAUCUCGUGGAUCAACGACGUGGAGCGCGAGAAGGACGUGGAGAGUGCCGCCGGCACGCUCCUGAACCUGGGUCUCGACCGUGAGCGCCAGGUCUGGAACAAGAAGAUUGAGCUCAGCCUGGGCAAGCUGGCACUGCUGGCCGAGCAAGGCGCAUCGGCGAACUGGGCCAACAGCCUUCUCACGCCGCCAAAAUCGUUGUCGCCUGCUCCCUUUUCAUCAGACAACGAUGCCACCUCGCCACACAACGGCAACAACGGCAACGGCAACAGCGAUGACAACAUUGACCGCGUCGACCGGCAGCUCAACAUGAUCAAGAUCCAGGAUUUGCUCUACAGCUGGGUGCUGCCGUCGAUUGCGACGGCGGUGGACGAGGCUGCCGAGCUGCAACUGGCCAUGGAGAACCACGCAACACGCCUGCCGAAGCGGCCGAAGACGCUGCUAAACGUGUUUGAGGACGGCCUCAGCCGGCUGCUCAAGCACGAGGCACUCGACGCGUUCACGCUCAUCGACCUGCUGACACUCAUCGACAUGCGCAGGGAGGAGACGCUGAUCGAAGAGGACGUCUUUUACCUGGCGCUGCUUGUGGCCGACGCGGGCCUGGGCGGCGAGGACCGGCGGCAGGCGCAGCGGCUGAUCUGGCGGCGGUGCUUCAUCCGCGACGACUGGGCGCAGAUCAACAACACGCAGCUGCAGGACGACGAGUCUACGGCGUCCAUUCUCAGCCAGACGUCCGUGUACACCACCGUCUACGCGCUCUCCAUCCAACGUGCGUCUUCCGGCCCCCUCCGCACGCUAUUUUUUGAGAAUCUCUAUGCUAACAAGUCAGAAAAAAUCAACGCGUCUGUGACAUUCGCCAUGGUCAAGCCAUCCGAGGCCCUCGGGGUGUUUUCGGAUGCUGCCGAUGUCGCUACGACCGCCCGGUUCGGUCACAUGGAGGAUACGGCACGCGAGAAGCUGGCCGACGCCAUGUGCCACGAAGACACGUUGCUGCGGCGCUACAUUGACAAGAGCCGGCUCGAGGACUGGUCCCGGACGGCCAAGGAGGGCGCUGAGCGGGCCAUGCAGACGGAGAUGGACCGGCUGACGGAGCUGCAGGGGUCGGAGUCUGUGGGCCGGCUCAAGUGGAACCUGUUUGGCCCCCGCAGCGCCUACGCCCACGACGACGAGGACGACGAGGACGAGGACGACGCACUGAAAAACCGGCUCAGAUGGUCCACGGUGCGGAUCGACGAGCUGCAACUACCGUCGGGCCGCUACGGGCUGCGGAGGCGAGGGGUGGUGUAA